AUGGAAGGAAAAUACGCAUCUGAUCCCGAGUGGGCAUCUAUACAGCCAAUUCCGCUGAACGAUGGCUCCGAAUCAGGAGCUCAGCCCUUGGCUACCAUUGCUUAUCCUUCGGACUAUCUUGAGGCCACAUCGUAUCUACGAGCGGUCAUGGCGGCCAACGAAAUGUCGGAAAGGGCCUUGAAGUUGACUGAAGACGUUAUCUCGAUGAACCCGGCACACUAUACCGUAUGGAUUUACCGAGCUAAGAUCCUGUUUGCUCUGGGCAAAGAUCUCAAAGACGAGCUGGAAUGGCUCAACGGCGUUUCACUCAAGUAUCUGAAAAACUACCAGAUAUGGCAUCAUCGUCAAGUUCUCAUGUCACGCACAGACUACUUCCCAAGCCCACCGGCUAAGGAGCCAGACUUCCUCAUGGAAAUGUUUGCCCAAGACUCCAAAAACUACCAUGUUUGGACUUACCGUCACUGGUACGUCCGCCACUUCAAGCUCUGGGAUGCCCCGCGGGAAAUCCAGGACGUGGAGGCUCUCAUUGCAUCGGAUGUCCGCAACAACUCCGCUUGGAACCACCGCUUCAUGCUCCGGUUUGGCCCGCGCGAUAACGAGCCAGAUGCUGGAAUGCCCAAUAGCGGCGGAGACCCUUCGGAGAAGGGCCGACUAGCCGUUGUCGAUGAAGACGUUGUCGACGCUGAGCUGCAGUAUGCUAAAUCCAAGAUUGUCCGGGCGCCCGAGAACCGUAGCCCGUGGUCAUAUGCGCGGGGGGUAUUGCGUGCCGCGGGUCGGCCUCUUUCGGAAUGGAAGGAAUUUGCUGGCAAGUUCGUCGUCGAUAAGGAAGAUGGUGGCGUUGAGGUCAAGAGUAGCCAUGCUGUUGAAUGGCUGGCUGAUGUGUUCGUUGCGGAAAGCGAACCGACAUCAGAACAGGAAGCUGUCCGUAUGCUUACCUUGCUGAAGGAGAAGUAUGAUCCCAUUCGAUCUAACUACUGGGAUUAUCGCAUUCGGACGAUUACCAGUGCAGCCGUUCCUGCUACAGCGUGA